CUGCCGGGUGGACAGAGCCUCUCCCUCCUCCUUGCCGUCGCCUUCCCGCGUGGGAGAACACAAGAUGUCCCUUGUUGCCGUGCCCUUCUACCAGAAGAGACACAAACACUUCGACCAGUCCUACCGAAACAUCCAGACCAAGUACCUGAUGGAUGAAUACACAGCCAAGAAGCGAGCGUCCACCCAGAUGUCCACCCGCAAGUCGGCGUCCACCCAGAUGUCCACCCACAAGUCGGCUUUGCAGCAAGCCUCCAGCCAGAGGUCCUCUGGGGGCACAACCUGCCGGCUGUGUGCCAAGCGGCUGAGUGCGGCGGAAGAAGAGGAGCAGGAGAGCAAGAACAGGUACCGCUCCCUGGUGGCUUCUUACGGCGAGGCCAAGCGGCAGCGUUUCCUCAGUGAGCUGGCCCAGCUGGAGGAGAGCGUCCACCUGGCGCGGUCCCAGGCGCGCGACGUGGUGGACAAGUACGCCCUCCAGCAGAUGGUGGAGGACAAGAUGGCCUGGGAGAGGCAUGUGUUUGAGGAGCGGCUGAGCCGGGCGCCGGAGAUCCUGGUGCGGCUGAGGUCCCACACCGUCUGGGAGAAGAUGUCCGUGAAGCUCUGCUUCACCGUGCAGGGCUUCCCUACGCCCGUGGUGCAGUGGUACAAAGACGGCAGCCUGAUCUGCCAGGCGGGGGAGCCGGGCAAGUACAGGAUCGACAGCAAGUACGGCGUGCACACGCUGGAGAUCAACAGGGCAAGCUUUGACGACACGGCCACCUACUCUGCGGUGGCCACCAACGCGCACGGGCAGGUGUCGACCAACGCCGCGGUGGUCGUGCGGAGGUACCGAGGCGAUGAGGAGCCAUUCUACUCCGUGGGGCUCCCGAUUGGAUUGCCCCUGUCGACUGUGAUCCCCUACACGCACUUUGAUGUCCAGUUCCUGGAGAAAUUCGGGGUCACCUUUAGAAGAGAAGGUGAGACGGUCACUCUCAAGUGCACGCUGCUGGUGACGCCGGACCUGAAGAGGGUGCAUCCGCGGGCCGAGUGGUACCGGGACGAUGUGCUGGUCAAGGAGUCCAAGUGGACCCGGAUGUUCUUCGGCGAGGGCCAGGCCUCGCUGUCCUUCAGCCACCUGAACAAAGACGACGAGGGCCUGUACACCCUGAGGAUCGUGUCCCGCGGCGGCGUCAGCGACCACAGCGCCUUCCUGUUCGUCAGAGAUGCUGACCCGCUCGUCACAGGGGCUCCUGGAGCUCCCAUGGACUUGCAGUGCCACGAUGCAAACCGAGACUAUGUCAUCGUGACCUGGAAGCCACCCAACACGACCACGGAGAGCCCCGUCAUCGGCUAUUUUGUGGACCGGUGCGAGGUGGGAACCAACAACUGGGUGCAGUGCAACGACGCGCCUGUGAAGAUCUGCAAAUACCCCGUGACGGGCCUCUACGAAGGCAGGUCUUACAUCUUCCGCGUGCGCGCCGUCAACAGCGCCGGCAUCAGCCGGCCCUCCCGGGUCUCGGACGCCGUGGCCGCCCUGGACCCCGCGGACCUCAGAAGGUUACAGGCCAUUCACUUGGAGGGUGAGAAGGAAGUCGUGAUCUACCAGGAUGACCUUGAAGGCGACGUUCAGGUUCCAGGGCCUCCCACCAAUGUGCACGCCUCGGAGAUCAGCAGAAACUACGUGGUGCUCAGCUGGGAGCCCCCAGUGCCCCGGGGCAAGGAGCCGCUCAUGUACUUCAUCGAGAAGUCCGUGGUCGGCAGUGGCAGCUGGCAGCGAGUCAAUGCGCAGACGGCCGUGAGGUCCCCUCGGUACGCGGUCUUUGAUCUUGCCGAGGGGAAACCCUACGUGUUCCGGGUGUUGUCAGCAAACAAGCAUGGGCUCAGCGACCCGUCGGAGAUCACGUCUCCCAUCCAGGCUCAGGACACGAUUGCGGUCCCUUCUGCUCCUGGCCGGGUGCUGGCUUCCCGAAACACCAAGACGUCGGUGGUGGUGCAGUGGGACAGGCCAAAACAUGAGGAGGACCUGCUGGGCUACUACGUGGACUGCUGUGUGGCAGGCACCAACGCGUGGGAGCCGUGCAACCACAAGCCCAUUGGAUACAACAGGUUUGUGGUACACGGUUUGACGACCGGGGAGCAGUACAUCUUCCGGGUGAAAGCCGUGAACGCCGUGGGCACCAGCGAGAACUCCCAGGAGUCCGAGGUCAUCAAGGUGCAGGCCGCCCUGACCGUGCCCUCCCACCCGUAUGGGGUCACGCUGCUGAACUGUGACGGCCACUCCAUGACCCUCGGCUGGAAGGUGCCCAAGUUCAGCGGCGGCUCGCCCAUCCUGGGCUACUACGUGGACAAGCGCGAAGUCCACCACAAGAACUGGCACGAGGUCAAUUCCUCCCCCAUCCAGGAGCGGAUCCUGACGGUGGAGGGCUUGACAGAGGGCGCAUUCUAUGAGUUCAAGAUCGCUGCCACCAACUUGGCCGGGAUUGGGCAGCCGUCGGACCCGAGCGAGCACUUCAAGUGUGAGGCCUGGACGGCGCCAGAACCCGGUCCGGCCUAUGACCUGACGUUCUGCGAGGUCAGGGACUCGUCCCUGGUGAUGCUGUGGAAGGCCCCGGUGUACUCGGGCAGCAGCCCUGUUUCUGGAUAUUUUGUGGAUUUUAAGGAAGAGGAUUCUGGAGAAUGGAGCACCGUGAACGCGGCAGCGAUUCCGAAUCGGUACUUGAAGGUCUGUGACCUGCACCAAGGUCGAACCUACGUCUUCCGCGUGCGGGCGGUGAACGCCAGCGGUGUGGGGAAGCCCUCGGACAUGUCGGAGCCGGUGCUGGUGGAGGCCAGGCCAGGCACCAAGGAGAUCAGUGCUGGCGUCGAUGAGGAAGGCAACAUCUACCUGGGCUUCGACUGCCAGGAGAUGACGGACGCGUCCCACUUCACCUGGUGCAAGUCCUACGAGGAGAUCGCCGACCCUGAGAGGUUCCACGUGGAGACCAAGGGCGACCACUCCAAGCUCUACUUCAAGAAUCCAGACAAAGCCGACUUGGGGACCUACUCUGUGUCAGUCAGCGACACAGACGGCGUGUCCUCCAGCUUUGUUUUGGACGAAGAAGAACUUGAGCGACUGCUGGCCCUGAGCAACGAGAUCAAGAACCCCACAAUCCCUCUGAAAUCAGAGUUGGCUUAUGAGAUCUUCGAUAAGGGCCAGGUUCGCUUCUGGCUCCAGACGGAGCCCUUAUCCCCAGACGCCAGCUUCCGCUUCGUCAUCAACGACAGGGAAGUGUCUGACAGUGAGACGCACAGGAUCAAAUGCGACAAGGCGUCCGGCAUCAUCGAGAUGGUGAUGGACCGCUUCACUAUUGAGAAUGAAGGCACCUACACCGUGCAGAUUCACGAUGGCAAAGCCAAAAACCAGUCUUCCCUGGUCCUCAUCGGAGAUGCCUUCAGGAAGGUGCUAGAAGAGGCUGAGUUCCAAAGGAAAGAAUUCCUCAGGAAGCAAGGCCCUCAUUUUGCUGAGUACCUGCACUGGGACGUCACAGAGGAGUGUGAGGUCCGGCUCGUCUGUAAGGUUGCAAACACCAAGAAGGAGACUGUGUUCAAAUGGCUCAAGGACGAUGUUCUGUACGAGACGGAGACGCCGCCCGACCUGGAGAAGGGAGUCUGUGAGCUGCUCAUCCCGAAGCUGUCCAAGAAGGACCACGGCGAGUACAAGGCGACCUUGAAGGACGAGAGAGGUCAGGACGCGAGCAUCCUGGAAAUAGCAGGCAAAGUGUACGAGGACAUGAUCUUGGCCAUGAGCAGAGUCUGUGGGAUGUCGGCUUCUCCCCUGAAGAUCCUCUGCACCCCGGAAGGGAUCAGGCUGCAGUGUUUCAUGAAGUACUUCACCGAGGAGAUGAGAGUGAACUGGUACCACAAAGACGCCAAGAUCUCGUCCAGUGAGCACAUGCGCAUUGGAGGCAGCGAGGACAUGGCCUGGCUGCAGAUCUGCGAGCCCACGGAGAAGGACAAAGGGAAGUACACCUUUGAGAUUUUCGACGGCAAAGACAACCACCAGCGCUCGCUCGACUUGUCGGGACAAGCGUUCGACGAAGCCUUCGCAGAGUUCCAGCGGCUCAAGGCUGCGGCGUUCGCAGAGAAGAAUCGCGGCAAGGUGAUUGGCGGUUUGCCCGACGUGGUGACCAUCAUGGAAGGAAAGACCCUGAACCUGACCUGCACGGUGUUUGGAAACCCCGACCCCGAGGUGGUGUGGUUCAAGAACGACCAGGACAUCGAGCUCAGCGAGCACUUCUCCGUGAAGGUGGAGCAGGCCAAGUACGUGAGCCUGACCAUCAAGGGCGUGACCUCCGAGGACUCGGGCAAGUACAGCAUCAACGUCAAGAACAAGUACGGCGGGGAGAAGAUCGACGUCACCGUCAGCGUGUACAAGCACGGCGAGGCCAUCCCCGAGGUGGCGCCGCCCCAGCAGGCCAAGCCCAAGCUCAUCCCCGCGUCCGCGUCUGCCAUGGCCCCGUAGGGCGUGCACAGGCCCUGGUCCCGGUGCUGCGUCACAGCAGGCCACAGGCCACCGCCAUGCUUCUAGGUUUUGCGUUUGAUGUUCGUUUUACGUCUGUCUGUUUGCCCCAGGCUCUGUACCCAUGGUUCCUGGUGGAACACGGGGCCUGAGCUCAGCGCCCGGCUUGUGGCCGUGUGGGGGCGACUCCGGGCGGUGCAGUGCGUGGCUGAGUGUGCCGAGCCGCCGUCCACCCCGGGCAGCUGCAAAGGCCCAGCUGUGACCCUUGGAGCGGGCACUAGCCGGUCACAUGCAUGUCUCCUGCUGUAGGCUAAUAAAGCAUCACAAGGCGCCGGGCUGUGGUGUCCCCGGCCCUCACUG